AUGGGCCCCCUGCAGCGGGCUUACAGCCUGAGAGACACCGCUGACGCUCCCAAGGCAGCCGAUCCUCUCGAUGAGUCCAAGCACUUGGACCACAUCCCCGAAGACUCGCUCGCUGAAGACGUUACAGGCUCCAGUGUCGCUGCCAUCUCCAGCUUCCUGCGGUCGACCCAGUACCAGAACAGCGUGCGAAACUUCGUACCCGUGGCGGGACCCGCCUACGGCGGCGACGGCUGCACUCGAGAAGCCCCCCAGGAGGAGGGGGGCACCGCUGACAGCGCGAACAGCGCCAAAGACGAGGAGCAGGGAGCGGAGCAAGGAGACUCGGACGAAGAAGAGCCCGACGACGCUCCCCCGCUCAAGCGCGGCAUUAUGUCCUCGCAGGGGACGUCGGUGAGCGGCGGAUCGAGGUACUCCAGCAACGGGUCUUACUCGCGACCGGGGGGGGAGGAGGGGGCGGGAGGCGCGGCGUGGGACCCCAACAUGCAGCUGAGCCUCGAUGACUUCGACCAGGACUCGGUCAGCUACCUUGCAGAGGGCGCGAUGUGCCAGUGCUUCCUGGCCCGCAAGAUUCCCGCCAGCAUGAACGUCCCCGGGGGUGCGGGCCACGUGCCCUCGACGGACGGCAGUAGCAGUAGCUGCAGCAGGCCCAACCCUGCCUUCGAGAGCGCCAGGGAGCACGGCGUGAUCAUCAAGACCCCCAGCGAGGGCCCCAACCAGCAGAUGUCCGAGAAUGACCUGGUUAUCGAGUCCCUCGUGCUGCGGGAGCUCCACCACCCCAACAUCGUCGGCAUCCUGGGAGGCGGGACCACCCACACGGGGGCGAGCUUCAUCGUGCUCGAGUACCUGUCGAUGGGCACUCUGCGAGGCCGCCUGGACAAGUGCGGCGGUGGUCUCGGAGUAGGGCCGGCCGUCAAGUACGGCCUGCAGCUGGCGUCGGCACUGUCGUACAUGCAUGACGGCGGCCUUCCGGGCAUCAUCCUGAUGCACCGGGACCUGAAGCCCGACAACAUCGGCUUCGCCGCGGACGGCCAGGCCAAGCUCAUGGACUUCGGGCUCGCGAAGAUCAUCCACCGCACGCAGCGGUGUGGGUCCGUCAAGUACGCCAUGACCGGGGAGACAGGUUCUCCGCGCUACAUGCCGCCAGAGGUGGCCACGAAUCAACCGUACAACGAGAAAGCGGACGUGUGGUCCUUCAUCGUCAUCGUCUGGGAGAUGGCGUCCGGCCGCCUACCGUUCGCCGGCAUGAACAUGGAGGUGUACCUCGAUAAAGUGUGCAAUGGCGCAGAGCGGCCUCUGGUGCAGAACCCUUGGCCCGCGGACUUCAAGAGUCUGUUGCGGUCGUCGUGGCAGAAAGACCCCGACAAACGCCCCUCCUUCCGGGAGAUACACGCGGUGCUGUCAGGCAUGUGCAGCGAGAUGAACAAGAAGAAGAAGGGGGGCUUCUUCGGCAAGAAGUAA